CAACAACAGUCAACACCCAACCUCCCGGAGAACACAGCCUCUUGGACGAAUAGGAGUCGACCGGUUCGCAUCCAGAUCCAUCUUGGCAUAUUGGCAGAGGCAUAGCGACCGUAUCCUGUCAUCUUUCACCUUUCCUAAAGCUCUGCUGAGCCUUUAACCGUGUCCACGGUGCACGUGUCCUGAAACGCACCAGAACGACCGCCGAACACCAACUGGUGCAGCAUUCAUUCCAUCAAAAUGUCAGUCCCACCUCCACUUCCGCCACGGACGUCCUCACCCGUCUCCAUCCUCGCAAACCCCACCAACGGCGCUGCACCCCCUCCUCUGCCACCACGAACGCGUUCACCGGUACACGUCACGUACGCUCCACCACCGCGGUCACCACCACCCAGAAGCGAGACAACUUCUCCACGACUGUUAUCACCCCCUGCUCACGCUACGGGAUUUAACGGGUUUAUGCACAGGUUUCGGUCACCGCGGAAGAUGAUUGUGGAGAGUAGGGAAAAGAUGAAGGAGUUUACGCGUGGACGAGAAGACGGCGUGAAUGCGGGUACAGGUUUGGCGACAACCACUGUGACGCCGCCGCAGAGUCCGCGGAUACAUGUUUUUGGGAUGGAGUUGCGGGAGGCUGUAAUAUUGACGCGAACGACACAAACACGAGGACAAGGUGAGAGCGCGGCGAGGUAUUGGUUGCCAGCAAUCAUUACGCGGUCAAUAUCGUACUUGAACAAGCAUGGUCUGGACGAGGAGGGGGUUUACCGAGUUCCGGGGUCGACGAAUACCGUACAGAGAUUACGGCGAGCAUUUGAGGAGGGAGGUGACUAUGAAAUUGACGAGGACGACGAGACGAGGGGGAUGGAAGACCCACAUGCCGUCGCGAGUCUGCUAAAAGCAUACCUACGAGAACUACCAUCACCACUCUUUCCAUACGAAACCCAUCUCGCCCUCAACACUCUCCUCCUCUCCUACACCGGCAUCCCCGCCUUCACAAUCCAAGCCUCAACCCCCCAAACCCAACCAUCCUCUCCGCCACCCCCACCACCUCCUUCGACAACCCUCCCCACCGCCCUUGGCCACUUCCUCUCCAAACUCCCUCCCUACAACUUUUAUCUGCUGAGGACAUUGACGCAUCAUCUCGCGUCGGUGGUUGCAGCGAGUGAGGUUAACAAGAUGACGAUCAGUAAUUUGGGCUUGAUUUUUUGUCCGGGGUUAGGGAUUAGCUCGGUUCUUUUUGGGGUGCUUGUGGGGGAGUGGGAGGCUGUUUGGGGUGGGGUUAGGUGUGAGACAGAGGUUGAGGCGUUGAGUCAGGAAAGCCGGGAACGAGGGGGUGUGGCAUAGCAGACUUAUGCAUGGGAUAGUUGACCCGGGGUAUGAAAGGGUCCUGUGAGUUGCGCCGUGACAGCCAGGAUGGAAGGGGACGGGUCUCAUCAUCGGACGGUGAAAGGGGGGAAUUACGUUCACAUAUGCCGGUCAUCUGUGAUACUGCUAAGAUAAUACUACAUC